AGACAUGGAAGCAGGAACCAAACAUACCCCGCCCACCGGCCACUAAAAAGGUCCCUUCAAUCAGAGCACGUGAUCACUAUCGCUAUAUUGCUGGUGGCUGAGGUCCGUACUUUCCUCAGUGCUUGGCAAAGCAAAUGGGUGAGAAACGUGUUUGCGGAGAAGGCAGAAUGUAGAACCUCAGUAACUUUUCACGCGUGAAUAGAAACUCAAAAUUCUUGCUCUGAGCAUAUUGAAGAACUCCCUUCCAAGUCGAUCGUUUUGGACCCGACUUCGAGUCCUUGAAGCGUUCCUGAAUCCCAGUGCAGUUCCAUGUGGGUGCGUAAUUUCUCGGUGAUCGAAAAGUCACAGACGUGUAGGCGCCGAAACAUAUACCACAUAGGCUCGGUGCCGCCACAAUCGUCAGUCCCUUCUCUCUCGACCUCCCCCGAUUCCUCCAGUAUCUGGCUCUUAUCUCCUUCCAGUAGCAGCAGGCAUAUCUUGACUGAACUGGGGAGGUCUUUCUGCUUCGAUUUUGAGUCAAUCCAGGAUGUGGUCGUUGUCCUGGAUGCCUCAAGCUAUCGGUUCGACUUGGACGCCCGCCUUGUUCCAAGGUACAUUGGGUUCUCAGGUCGUUUUGGGGUCCGAUGCGUUUUAUUCCUAUGCAUAUAACGAAGAUAAUGAACCUUCGAGUAUAUUUUUGGACACACUAUUCAUCCCGGUUUAUGCUGCCGGCAUUUCAAUACUGUGGUCCGCCACACGUCUUGUUGUCUCUCAGAUACGUUCAAGAGUUAGCUCUGCAAAGCCACGCGAUGGUGCCGACCUGCAGGGCGAGGAGUCGCUGUCAGAGUCGACACAUGUCCAGCAACAUGGCGGCAUCGUCAUCUUCCUUUACAGAGUUGCGCGCCUGGUAGCAUGCCUGGCAUUGUUCGGUUUGAGUAUCUUCUCGCUGGUUCAUAGUGUAGCCUGGCACGAUGAGACACAUCAUCUCAUGCACUCUGCAUUGCUUCAUCUCGCGUUAUGCGCGGUUUAUGCAUACGUUUCUCUCUUGGCCAUCCUCUCAAUCGCAUGCAAGCCAACUGUAGCUCGAUCUGCUAUCAGGCACCUGUGCUCGAUCCUGCUAGUCGUCUUUGCUGUUUUCUUCUACCGCGAUAUGUGGCCUCUCUGCACAACACAUCUUCGUCCUGUCGACGAUGGAGAAGGUGUUGCAUUGUGGAUUCACCUUGGCGUUCUCACCUUUGCUGCCGCGAUUGUACCCUUAAUGAUCCCUCGGCAGUACAUUCCCGUCGAUCCCAAGAAUCCCGCAUCUGAACCCAAUCCCGAGCAAACAGCUUCCAUAUUCUCACUCAUGAUAUAUACCUUCCUCGAUCACACGAUAUUCACCGCAUAUAAGAUGCCCCACUUGCCAUUGGAUAAGCUCCCACCUCUGGCCGAUUAUGAUUCUACCAAGCACCUUGUAGAAAAGAGUUUCCGGUAUCUAGAUCCGUUCAUGCAACCUAAGAAACAACAUCUUUUCUUUGGUUUCAUGAAGCUGUUCCGCGUUGAUUACUACAUCCUUGCCCUGAUGCUCAUUCUGCGGGUCAUCACAACGUUUGCAAGCCCUAUUGGCAUAAAUCGGCUCUUAGCAUAUCUUGAAAAGGGCGGAGAGGAUAUGACCGUCCGGCCGUUUGUUUGGAUUAUAUGGCUCCUCGUCGGACCUGCAUUGGGAUCUGUCGCCGUCCAGUGGUAUAUCUUUAUAGCGACCAGAGUGAUGGUUCGCGCGCAAGCCAUUAUCACCCAACUCGUAUUUGACCAUGCCCUCCGUAUUCGCGUGAAAGCCGAAGUCACCGACUACGCUCCCGCAUCUAGCAAAACAUCCACUGCUGCCACAACACCUGAUACAGCGUCUCUCGCAGAGUCAACUCCAGAUCGUCAAGGCAGUCCGGUUUCUUCUGCAGGCGACAGCGAGAAUGAGACCGCCGGAUCGGAACACAGCACCGUAGCCGCGAGUAAAGCAAAAGCAAGAGAACAAGGUCUAUCAUCGGAUAUCUCAGCAAGCAGUUCAAGUACGAAGGUCCCCGAAAAGUCUGCUGAUGGAAGUUCGCAAAGUGGAAACCUUGUCGGGAAGAUGACGAAUUUGGUCACCACGGAUUUGACCAACAUCGUCGAGGGACGGGAUUUCUUGUUUACUGUCUUGUAUAUUCCGUUCCAGAUGUGCCUUUGCGCUUGGUUUCUCUAUGUCAUCCUAGGUUGGAGCGCAUGGGUCGGAAUGGGCGCGACGCUUCUUUUAUUCCCAUUCCCAGGCUUCAUCGCAAGUCGCAUCCAGAAGGUGCAAGUGGAGAAGAUGAAGCAUACUGAUGCUCGAGUUCAAACAGUGACCGAGACUAUGAAUGUCAUUCGUAUGAUUAAGCUCUUCGGCUGGGAGCCCAGGAUGGAUGAACAACUCGCCGAGAAGCGUGAAGAGGAAUUGCGAUUCCUGCGAAAACUCAAGUUUUUGGAGUUGGCUAAUGGAUGCACAAACUUCAUGAUCCCUUGUGUUACUAUGGUGGCAACAUAUGCUACCUUCACGAUGAUCGCGAAAGAACAACUGACAGCAUCCAUUGUGUUUUCGUCCAUGGUCGUAUUUGAUAUCCUGCGAGAGAAUCUACAUACGAUCUUCGGCAUGAUUCCCAUGCUCAUCCAAGCCAAGGUCUCUCUUGAUCGUGCUAACGACUUCCUUUACGAGACCGAGCUUCUUGAUGGAUUCACCGAGAAAGCCAAUCCUGACUUCUCCCCAAGUAUGUUUAUUCGCCCAGAUAUUGAUCCAGAGAUCAUCGGCUUCCGUGAGGCCUCCUUCACCUGGAGUAGCUCAAACGACGGAACUGUUACACCUGGACCGAGUCGUCGAAACUUUGUAUUACGUAUCGAAGAUGAGCUGACGUUCGAGCGUGAACACAUCAAUCUCGUUGUCGGUCCAACUGGAUCGGGAAAGACUUCGCUCCUCAUGGCGCUGUUGGGUGAAAUGCAUUACAUUCCGAUGGGACCGAACUCGUUUUACAAUCUUCCCAGGCAUCGUGGUAUUGCGUAUGCGACACAGGAGUCUUGGGUAUUGAAUGAAACGAUCCGAGACAACAUUCUUUUCGGUGCGCCCUAUGACGAGGAGCGAUACAACAAAGUCAUCUACCAGUGUGGCUUGAAACGGGACAUGACUUUAUUCGAAGCUGGCGACAAGACUGAAGUUGGCGAGAAGGGUCUUACUCUCAGUGGCGGGCAGAAGGCACGUAUCACCUUGGCACGUGCUGUGUAUUCCUUCGCGCAACUUCUCUUGUUGGAUGAUGUUCUCGCCGCACUAGACGUACACACCGCUAAAUGGAUUGUAGACAAGUGCUUCAAAGGUGAUCUGCUCCGAGGGCGAACUGUCUUGCUGGUAACGCACAACAUUGCUCUAGCUGGCCCGAUUGCAGACUUCGUGGUGUCGCUUGGCCCGGACGGGCGCAUUCUCAGUCAAGGUAGCCUUUCCAGGGCGCUCGCGAAAAACAAGAAACUUGCAGUAGAAAUGAUGGAAGAAACUGAUGAGCUCAAGAAGCACGAAACUGAGAUCGAUUACGAAGUGCCCGACGCCUUCCCCUCGAAGUCUGACGGCAAGCUCAUUGUAGCCGAAGAGAUUGCUGAAGGACAUGUUGGCUGGUCUGCCCUCAAGCUCUACUUUGCCAAUAUGGGUGGAAAGCAUAGUCUUUGGUUCUGGACGUUGUUCCUCGGUGGAAUGAUUAUCACUCCUAUGAUAGAGUCUUUCCAGACCUGGUAUCUCGGAUAUUGGGCUCAUCAAUACGACGUCGAUCCAGAAGAUGUCUCGCCCUCCUACUUCUUGGGUGUAUAUAUCUUCCAACUCGUGCUGGCCAACGUCUUCUAUCUCACUGGUGCAGCAGUUUACAUAUUUGGUUGCCUUAGAGCAUCAAGGUCCAUCCACAGGACAUUGACCACAUCAGUGCUUAGUACGACGCUGAGGUGGUUGGAUAUCACUCCAACUUCUCGAGUCAUCACCCGGUGCACUCAAGACAUUGCUGCGGUUGACGGACCAAUUGCCCAAUACUUCGGUUUCAUUAUCGAGCUUUCAUCAUUCUUGGUCGUUCGAUUUGUCGCCGUCAUCAUCAUUACUCCCAUCUUCGGCGUUCCUGGGUUGCUCAUCGCUGCUUUGGGUGUAUGGCUUGGACAAAUCUACAUGAAAGCGCAGUUAGCUGUUAAACGCGAGAUGAGCAACGCCCGUGCACCCGUUCUAGGUCACUUUGGAGCAGCUAUGGCCGGUUUGAAAGCAUUCCGAGGACAAUCUUUCCUGCGCAUUGACCGAUACUCAAGGGCCGCUCGCACCUUCUAUAAUUUGAACAGAUGGAUUUGUGUGCGUAUCGAGACCCUUGGUGGGAUUUAUCAAGCUGCGCUUGCUACAUAUCUGGUGUACUUUGGUUCCGUUAAUGCUUCCAAUGUCGGUUUCUCGCUGGCCAUGGCAGUCGGAUUUAGCAGCACGAUUCUGUGGUGGAUCCGCCUGAUCAACGACUUCGAGAUCGCAGGAAACAGUUUGGAACGUAUUCAGCAAUACAUCGACAUCGAGCAAGAACCAAAACCCACGAAGAGUGGUGUACCCCCAGCAUACUGGCCAGCUAGCGGCAACCUCAACGUUGAGGCAUUGUCUGCUCGUUACUCAUUGACCGGUCCCAAAGUAUUGCAUGAUAUCAGUUUCCAAGUGAAUUCAGGCGAGCGCGUUGGUGUCGUUGGCCGGACCGGAAGUGGGAAGAGCUCUUUGACCCUUUCACUGCUCCGCUGUAUCUUCACUGAGGGCAAGGUCUACUAUGACGGUCUUGCUACAGAUACACUUAACUUGGAUGCACUCCGUUCGAACAUCACUAUCAUUCCACAAGUACCUGAACUCCUUAGUGGAACCCUCCGACAAAAUCUAGAUCCCUUCUCGGAACACGACGACGCGACUCUCAACGACGCGCUCCGCGCUGCUGGUCUUUUCUCCCUUCAGAGUGAAGACGACGAAGGUCGUAUCACGUUGGAUAGUCCGAUUUCUAGUGGUGGUGGAAACCUGUCGGUCGGUCAACGCCAGAUUCUCGCUUUGGCGAGAGCGAUCGUGAGGAGGAGUAAGCUGUUGAUCUUGGAUGAAGCUACGUCCGCAAUCGAUUAUGAGACCGACACGGUCAUUCAGACAUCUUUGCGGAAGGAGCUCGACAAAGACGUUACAUUGUUGACCAUCGCGCAUCGUCUACAAACUAUAAUGGAUGCAGAUAAGAUUAUGGUUUUGGAUGCAGGCAAGAUUGUCGAGUUCGGCAAGCCUAGCGAGUUAUUACAAAAAGACGAUGGUAUUCUCCGAGGUCUAGUAGACGAAAGUGGAGAUAGGGCCACUCUGUAUGCCAUGGCCGCAGAGGCACAGUCAUCUGACUCUUCACGAUGAGUAUUUUACGACUAACACGCAUAGACGUUUGGGCUGCGUUCGACUCAGGAUACACAAUAAUGACAUAGCUUCCAGCUGGAUACCUACUGUAAUUCCCAAUUUGGAACAUCGCGAAGCAAUGUAUUGUUCGAGACAACUAUAGAGCACGAUCAUCAUGUACGUCAUAUACUCAAGCGAAAGCACAACUGGAAAUAUCAAACUAGGGACGGCGAGAUAGUCUGAGGUCCUCGCAUAACAAUAGGUGAGAUCGGAGCAUAACCAAAAGUCUGAAUAUAUAGAGCAGCAUAGAGCAACCAAUCAAGCAAUGUCCUAGGAUGGCGGAGCGUAUUUGUCGAGUUUCUUGCGAAGAGGAUGGUCGACGCGUAUUCCACACGUCCUAAGCACGAUAGCCAACUCUCCUGCUACCCUUCGUCUCUCCUCCACAUCCCCCCCUUCCCCUUCCAAUAAAUCUUUAACUGCACGCGCCAGUCUCCCUCUCGGCAUCUGAGGUCCUGCACCAUUACUCGUCGGAAUUUUCUUCUUUUUGCCUUUCUUGGUUUUCGGCACAGCCAAUAGAGGAUCUAUACACUCGAUCCUGAACCGUCGAUAUCCCAAUGCGACGAGGGGAACAACUCUAUCGGGAGGACUGGCAGCCUCAGCAUAGCCUUCUGUCUGCGUUAGCAGUUCCGACGAGCCUCCUUCUUUGAACCCCCACUUCUUCAAUUCCUCCACCCUACGUUCCCGGAGUUUCUGUUGGAUCUUCUCGCGGGUGUCAUCUUCUUGUAUGAUCUUCGCAACGGCAUCGAAGACGUCUGCGAGGCGUAACCAGCCUCUGUCUUCGUCUACUGCCCGUUUGACAUAGUGACGAUUGACGUAGUUGAGAAGACGGUUGACAGAUUGAACGCCAGCAGAAUAGCGAUUGAAACAGGGGACGAGAUAGUAUACGAGAGAGGCAUCGUCGUGAGGCGUACCAAGGAAUAUCUCACGUGCGGUAUCGGCAUAGUACCCAUCUAGUUUCUCGUAUAAAUCUGUACCACUUGCUUUGCCUUUGUCUGCACGAGAGAUGGCAGAACCGAAUGAAAUAUCUCGAACGGCUCCUGGGACUGCAGACUCGGACUGCGAGGUAAAGUAGUUGUAAACGGCAGUGUGGAUGCC